GCGCCCGCCCCCUUGAUCCGCCAUGAUGGACACGGCCUGCGUUGGAGGUGGACUUACGAUGCAGCGGCGCUGGGUGAUGGAAUCUGUGGAAACUACUGGACAUCUGUGAAAACGAGAUUUUUUAGCUCAUCGGAUUCCUCCAGUUUAAAUAAAUAUUCCGAUUCUGGCGGUGCGUGGCAGUGAGGAGCUUUAGAAGGCCCUAUGUUCCGGUGGAGGCAGCCGCACGUGGGGGACCUGGGAAAUGGGGAGCCUGAGCCCGAUGACGCGGGCCAGCCGCGCUCCGAGCCCGAGGAGAGGAGCGGUCACGUAGCCGUGUUUUGCGGAACCCGCAUGUACGUGUGGGGCGGGUACCUGGCCGACAACUCUGUGGACCUUUAUCUUCCUUCCAGUGAAAUGUGGAUUUACGAUACUGAAACCCAAGUGUGGCAUCGGCGAGAGCUUGGAGGAGAGCUUCCUCCCCCAAUGUCUGGCAGCUGUGCAGUGUGCGUUGAUAGAAGAUUUUACAUGUUUGGGGGCCAUCACAACCGUGGCAACAGCAAUGAGUUUUACACAAUGGAUUUGUGUCCCCGUGGAGAUUCUUACAAGUGGGAAAGGAUAUCAAAUUACACGGGUCAGCCUCCCUCUCCCAAGGACAAACUGGGCUGCUGGACACAUGGCAACAAGCUCGUAUUCUUUGGUGGCUAUGGAUACCAGCCCCGCGAGGCUCAUCGAGGGACCUUCGAGUUUGACGAAACUUCCCUGUGGGGGCCAAAUGUUUCCAGAGGCUGGAAUAAUCAUGUGCACAUUUUCGACCUGGAAACAUACAGUUGGAGUCAACCUCUCACAACUGGCACGCCACCACUUCCUCGUGCUGCACAUGCCUGUGCCACCCACGGCAACCGGGGCUACCUUUUUGGAGGCCGCUACUUGGGGGCUCGGAUGAAUGACUUGCACUACCUGAACCUGGACAACUGGGCAUGGAGCGGCCCAAUAGCAGUCAGAGGAGAAGUGCCGGUAGGCCGAUCAUGGCACACACUCACGGCAGCCUCGGAUGACCAGCUCUUCCUCUACGGUGGCUUCACGACGGAGCGUCAACCUCUUGGGGACGGUUGGAUUUACAGUGUGAAGAGCCUGGAGUGGCGGAAGCUCUCCCACAUCCCUCCCGACAGACCGAGGCUGUGGCACACGGCAACCCUGAGCGAGGAAGGAGAGGUGCUGGUGUUUGGGGGCUGCUCCAACAAUCUGCUUGCAGGAGAGAUGUCUGGCCAUAAGAACGAUGUGUUGGUGUUUUGUAUUCAGCCAAAGUCUCUUCUACGGCUGAGCGUGGACGCCGUGGCGUGCCAUCGGGAACUACUCUGUACUCAGUGGGGGGCGCUUCCUCGCCACCUGAGCAGCCGCCUUCUUCAACGCACAGGGGGCCCAGCCUCUGGUUCCUGAAGCACCUACAUGCAAUCGUGUACAUACAUGCUCACAAUCACAGGGGCACGGGCGCCCAAGUUCACAUGUGCAGCCCGCAGUCAGCUAAAUAAGUAGGCAGUAGUGCCACACCAUGCAUUUGCGAGCCAGUGCCAAGCCUACACAGGGUACAAACCUCGAGAAGAUCGCCAUUAUUUUUUAAAGCUAAUCUAGAUUUUAUUGGAGCAAUUUUUCUGUGACUGAAGGCUCCGACCAAAUCCUUAGAAAACCACCACAAGCGCUUUCCGCCUGAACAAUCAUGGAGAUGGCUUUGGAAGGAUUUGGUUUGAGCUGUCAGCGAAAUAAAUAUGCCUCCAAUAAAAUAAUUUCAACUGUUACAGCAUUGGCAAACUUGCCAGAACGACCUAGGGCGUGUCAGCUGAUGUGCUGCAAAUUUCUCCCCUAUCACUGAAUUACUCAGUGGCAGAGUAUAGCGUUCCAACCUGGUCCAAAACCUCACAAAUAUAUCAUGCCACUGAUCACGCUGUAACCAUAGAAUCAACCAUAUCCUGAAGAAUGCUCGCGAACACAGUGGAACAACAGAGAAGUCCAGAAUAAACACUUCAUUCAAGACCCAGACAUCGCACCUGGCUUUAACAUUACUUGAAGACACUGGUAUGACCAUCAACCACAUCAGAAUCAGAUUAUUUAUACCAGAGGAAUCCGAUGAGCUAUAAAUCUCUUUUUUUAAUAGAUGUCCAGUCGGGGCAGGUUAGAACGGUACAACAACAGUGCAAAAACAGAAUAGGAAUGCAAAAUAUCGGAAAUGUAAACAAAAAAGCAAAUAAAACUAAAGUAUUUUUAUCUUACCAGGUAAAGCCCACUGAGCUAUUAGUCUCUGUUUCAGAAGUAACUUGGCCACAAAUGAUAGCUCGACAAAGUGUCUUAUGUGGGAAUUGGAAGCAGAAAAUCUAAUUUAAAUGCAUGUUUA